UCCUCCAUGUCCGACCUAUCAGACGGCGCUCUGUAUGUUUAGAUUUGCCUUAAGAAGAUUUCAGAACAAAUGGAGAUCGUACAGACACAGGUUUGUGCCAUGGGUUGUACUGAACUUUUCUAAAAAUGAGAAAACUCUGCGGCAGGUGACGGAGCGCUCGAGAGACAAACUGCUCCCUGAUGAGGUGGUUUCACAGAGUCUACUGCGGUUCUUCAGAGUCCUGCUCAGGAGUCUUUGGGCUAAUCAUGGCGAGCUCCGAGCUGCUCAAACUCACUUUCUCAGGCGGGUAACAUGUGAAGAAGACCAGUGUGAGGGAAACCCAGUGUGUGGAGAUGAUGCCAUGUUACAGUCUCUGGGGUUCUGCAUUGACCGGAAGCCAAGCACUUUGCCCUUCGCAGGAACUGGAGUGUUUGUCACCAAAGGAUUUGUGCCCAAAGGAACUGUAGUUGCCAUGUACCCUGGCACGGUCUAUCAAGCCUAUGAGCCUAUUCUCCUCCAGUCCAUCAGAAACCCUUUUGUAUUCAGGUGUAUUGAUGGUGUCUUGAUUGAUGGGAAUGACAAAGGCAUCUCCAAAAUGGUGUUCAGGUCAUGCAGUGGCAGGGACAGGAUAGGGCCUUUCAUGAUGAGUGACACCAGCUGGCUGACGCAAGGUCCACAAAACCCACUUGCUGUUGGUCAGUACGUGAACAACUGCUCCAACGAGUGGCCUGCUAACGUGUGCUACCAGGAGUACGACGUGCCAGGCAAAUUUCCCAUCGAGCUCCGCCAGUAUCUGCCGAAUGUCAACUACAGCCAGGACGCACAGAGGCCUCUACGUUGUGUUAUCCUUGUGUCACUCAGAGACAUUACAGCAGGGGAGGAACUCUUCUCCAACUACUACACCAUUGUGCAUUAGACUCACAGUACGUGCCACUGUUUUGCUGUGGUGUCAGAACUGAAGAAUGUACAUUUCUCAAUUUCCAACAGCAUCAUUGUUAACACUGCCUGUCUUCCAAAGGAAAAAUAUACAUUCACAAAACGAUCUCCCUUUGUACACUCACAGCAUUGCAGUGGAAUCAAGGUGAACCAUGUCUUGUAUAGUUUAUUGUAAUAUGCAAAGAAACACAACUGCUUUUAUUUGCCAGUGCUGGUAUAGAGAAAGAUCCUAGAUUAACUGUUCCAGGGAAACAGGCUAGAUGUGCAUGCUCCAGACCUGAGCACAGGAGUGCAAGAGGUAGUUCUGAAGUAAAAGUAGCAAUACAGUAACUUCAAAGGACUCCAUACGAGUACAGGUUCUGCAUUCAAAAUGUUACAUGAGUAAAAUGCAAAAGUGCUAUCAUCUGAUUUACCCAAAAUAAAAGAUACACACUAUGCAGAAUAGCUGUUUUUAGAGUGAUGGUCAUUAAAUAAAAGCUGUGU